AAAGUCGAGGACGUUCCGCAAAGGGCAGCUUACGAGGCAGCCUUCCGACGACCACCAGCGCUGGCGGCGCACGUGAGCAAGGAGCUAGCGGAACGAUUCAGGGAAGCAUACCAGAAGGAGGCCACUUGGAAGCGACGCUAUGAGGAGGCGGGUACCGUCUCGAGCGCCUGGGUGCCAGGAAGGAGAUACUACCGUUCGGAGGACGGGCUCUUGUUCUUCCUCGACGCGGACUACCUGCCCCGACUGUGCGUACCAGACGCGAUGGUGGACGAAGUCAUGCGACGAGCACACGAGGAACCAAUGGAAACGGUGCAUGCGGGA